AGUGAGGAUGGGAUGGAGGUGAUGGAGAAGCUGAUCUAUCUGUUCCGUAAGUUCCAUCAGCUGAAGGUCAGCAAUGAGGAAUAUGCCUGCAUGAAGGCCAUCAACUUCCUUAAUCAAGAUAUCCGCGAUCUGACCAAUGUGACCCAGCUGGAGCAGUUGAACAAACGUUAUUGGUACGUUUGUCAGGAUUACACUGAGUACAAGUACCCUCACCAGCCCAAACGCUUUCCCGAGAUCAUGAUGUGUCUGCCAGAAAUCCGCUGCAUUGCAGGGAAGUUGGUCAACAUCCCUUUGGAGCAGCUCCCCCUGCUGUUUAAGGCAGUAUUGCACUCCUGUAAGUCAAGUCUGAACAACUACAGGACAAGCUCCUCCCCCUGUGUGACAAAGGGUAUCGCCCCUGCCAACUAGCCCCGCCCCCUUGAAAACACCCUCCCCAUCUAUUGCACGGGGGCGGGGUGUUAUCUGGGGGUGGGGCUCCCGGUAUCCUCCUCCUCCUCUCAUGAAUGUGAUAAGAAACUAUUUU